CCGUUACCCCCGGCUUGUUUUUCGGCUCGUGUGGUUCUUUUUUUCCAGCGGCGUUUCAAGAUGUCGGGUCGUGGCAAGCAGGGCGGCAAAGCUCGCGCCAAAGCCAAGUCCCGGUCUUCCCGCGCCGGCCUGCAGUUCCCCGUGGGCCGCGUGCACCGGCUGCUGCGCAAGGGCAAUUACUCGGAGCGGGUGGGCGCCGGCGCCCCGGUGUACCUGGCGGCCGUGCUGGAGUACCUGACGGCCGAGAUCCUGGAGCUGGCGGGCAACGCGGCGCGCGACAACAAGAAGACGCGCAUCAUCCCGCGCCACCUGCAGCUGGCCAUCCGCAACGACGAGGAGCUCAACAAGCUGCUGGGCCGCGUGACCAUCGCGCAGGGCGGCGUCCUGCCCAACAUCCAGGCCGUGCUGCUGCCCAAGAAGACCGAGAGCCACCACAAGGCCAAGGGCAAGUGAGGCCCUGCCGGUCGCUAGUGCGGCUUGACGGACACCAAAGGCUCUUUUCAGAGCCACCCACCACCUCGGAGAGAGAGCUGUACACACUUGAGCCUGUCGCCGGGGCGUUUGUCCCCACCCAUCCUCUUGCAGGCGCCCGGUUGCGGUCCAGGUUCGUGCUUGGACCUUAAGGGCGAAUACUUGGUUCUGUAGGAAUUAGCGUAAGGUUCCGGAGAGCUGAGAUGCUCCCGAGUUCCACGUUCCGAUUUCCAGAGGCGUCUUGAGGAGGGACGUGGGUACUUACCUCUACGCGUCUGUGAACGUUCCGUCGAAAGGCGAUUAGUGAGAGGGCAACUUGGAAGUUGGCUGGUUCUCGUGUCGGGGUGGGGGAGCGGCCUGCGCCGCCGCAGCCUGCUCAGUGGCAGGAUUACAGAUGAGCAUGGUGGUCCGGCAGGCAUUGGGAAUCGGUUAAUCUGAUCCAUCUAAGUCGCUUAACCUUGGGGAACAAAAUCUUGUCGAGUUUCGACAAAACUAGGUUUGAGGGUGCUGCAGUGCCCUCUGUAAUAAAGUUUAAAGGGAAUCUGCAUCUCGCCGAGUAAGAUGUGUGUUUUUUUAGACAGAUGGUGACUUUACAGGCGGUAUGGAAAAUGGCUGGAGUUCCAACAGCAGCGUGCAUGCAAGUUAAUCACCAAGUGGGCAAGGAGUCGAAGGAGAUUAAUCCUUUAAAAUCCCACAGAAUCGGGACUCUGUCCCCGCUUUCGUAUUAAUUGCUAUUCGCCUUUAAAAAUGUUAAUACAGACUAGCAAGACAAUUAUAUAAUGUUUAUUAUAUAAUUUACACACACACACAUAUAUAUAUAACCUACCAAAACUGGGUCUCUUCAAGCCUGGGC